CCAUUUCUCAUUCUCACAAAACCCUCCAUCAACACAUCAUUUCUCUUUCCUUCUCCCUCAGCUUUACACCACAAAAAAGAGCACCAAAUACAUAUAACAAAAAUGGCUUCUUUUAAACCAUCUUUGAUUCUUUUCUUUGCGUGCUCCCUCUUCGUUCAAGCCACUCUUGGGGAGAUAAUUUGUGAGGAAUUACCCACAAAUGUUUGUGCAUUUUCUAUUGCGUCUUCUGGGAAGAGAUGUCUGUUGGAAAACUCGGCUGCUAGCGACGGGAAGGUGGAGUACCAAUGCAAGACCUCCGACGUGAUGGUGGCGAAGAUGGCCGAGUAUAUAGAGACCGACCAGUGCGUCGGAGAUUGCGGUGUCGAUAGGAACUCCGUCGGAAUCUCGUCGGAUUCCUUGCUUGAGCCGGAGUUCACCGCCAAACUCUGCUCUUCGGCAUGCCACCAGAACUGCCCCAACAUCAUUGACCUUUACUUCAACUUGGCUGCCGGUGAAGGAGUGUAUUUGCCGGAGCUGUGUGACAAGCAAAGGAGCAACCCCCGGCGAGCCAUGGCGGAGCUGUCCAGCAGUGGUGCGGCGGCGGUGAGCCCUGCCACCAGUGAAAGCCUUGUUGCUGAUGCGCCUGAGUCUUCCCCUGCACUGGCGCCGGCACCGGCACCGGCUUCUCUGUAAUUUCAAUCGUUUUCUCCAUGUACGCAUAAUAUAUAGUAAUUUGUUGGUUCGUUUUCCCAUCUUAAAUAAAGGAGAUGAAUAUGGUCGGAUUACAAUACAUUAUACACUAGUUAUUAGUCGGACUAUGAAGAGCUUAUGUAAUUCCUUAAUAAUAUAUGGGUUUGUCAGUCAUGUAUUAUUUUUCUUUUCUAUAUAUAAUUUGUAGUUUU